UCCUGCACAUCCGCUUCCGUUGGUAAGAAAUUGAAAAAGCGAAGAGAAUGUGGUAGAUUUUUCACAUGACAGUUUUUGUCGAUGGAGAACUGCUAAUUAAGAUAUGCGCUUAAAGAUCGGUUCAUCGCUUUCAAUCGGAUUUUAUUUUGUUCACUUCAGGCCUGUUGAUGGCACACCUGUGGAUGUGAAGGCUGUCAUAUGUAUAAUCUGAAGGAGAAGAAGAACUGGAGUUUGUAGUAGUGGCAAGGACAUGGAGAAGAUGGCAAGGGUGACCACGGCUCUUGGCAGCAAUGCUGUUUCUGGUCGUACAAUGUUCUGUCACUUAGAUGCUCCAUCAAAUGCCAUCAGUGUUUGCCGUGAUGCAGCUCAGGUGGUGGUGGCCGGUCGCAACAUUUUUAAAAUCUAUGCAAUCGAAGAAGACCAGUUUGUUGAGAAGCUGAACCUAAGGGUCGGCCGCAAGCCUUCACUCAACUUCAGCUGUGCAGAUGUUAUGUGGCACCAGAUGGAUGAGAACCUGUUGGCUACAGCAGCAACUAAUGGGGCAGUGGUCACCUGGAAUCUUGGUAAACCAUGCCGCAAUAAGCAGGACCAGCUUUUCACAGAGCACAAGCGUACUGUCAACAAGGUGUGCUUUCAUCCAACAGAAGUCUACAUGCUGCUGAGUGGCUCCCAAGAUGGAUACAUGAAGUGCUUUGAUUUGCGUAAAAAAGAAUCUGUCAGCACCUUUUCAGGGCAGUCAGAAAGUGUGAGGGAUGUGCAGUUCAGUAUUCGUGAUUAUUUUACCUUUGCUGCCUCAUUUGAGAAUGGGAAUGUCCAACUUUGGGACAUACGACGCCCUGACCGCUAUGAGAGAAUGUUCACUGCUCAUAAUGGUCCUGUUUUCUGCUGUGACUGGCACCCAGAUGACAGGGGCUGGUUGGCAACAGGUGGCCGAGACAAGAUGGUAAAGGUGUGGGACAUGACAACAAACAAAGCCAAAGAGAUCUACUGUGUACAGACAAUUGCUUCUGUAGCCCGAGUGAAAUGGCGCCCAGAGCGAAAAUAUCAUUUAGCCACCUGCUCGAUGAUGGUAGACCAUAAUAUUUAUGUGUGGGAUGUACGACGACCGUACAUCCCCUUUGCAACUUUUGAAGAGCAUAAGGACGUCACUACAGGAAUUGUAUGGCGACACCUUCAUGACCCUGGAUUCCUGCUUUCAGGCUCCAAGGACAGUACUCUGUAUCAGCAUAUGUUCAAGGAUGCCACACGGCCAGUGGACAAGGCAAACCCUGAAGGUCUGUGCUUUGGGCUCUUUGGGGACCUGGCCUUUGCUGCCAAGGAAAGUCUAAUGAGUGGUGACUCCAACCGCAAACCAUAUGGUGGAGGAGAUCGCCGAUACCCCAUCUUUUUUUUCAAAAAACCAGACCCGACGGAACAGUUUGCUAAUGUUUCCAGUGUCCUUAAUGUCUAUGAAACUGAAAUGGAAAAUAAUCGCAUGGACUGGUUUGUGAAGACAGCUAAACUGUACUUGUUGAGCGGCAAACCUUUUGCAGAGUUGUGUGACCACAAUGCCAAAGUCGCAAAGGAUCUAAAGCGGCCUCAGGUCUCAACAACUUGGACAAUGCUUAGGAUUAUGUACUCAGAUCCUGGGAAUCCUGGAGUGAACCAUGGCAUUAGUAAAGUUGGAGCUAUUCCUGUAAUGAACAGCUUCAACAUGAAGGAUAUUACAGUCGGGCUUGGAAGUGAAAGCAGGCUGGAUCGCUCAAAGGGAGAGAAUCGGCCUGAUAACAUUCAUCUGGACUUAACAAACUCUCUAAUGAACAAUAAUGAUGAGAAUGAGGAGACUGAAGGCAGUGAAGGUCCGGCUGAUUAUCUCUUUGGAGAGGCAGAUCUGGAUGAUGAUGAUUUGUACACAAUGGAGCAUGAUAAUCCAACAGAGGAUGCAGAGUAUGUUUUACCACAAGAGGCAUUUCCCCUGCGGCAUGAAAUAGUAGACAACCCUUCUGCACCUGAGCACCUGCAGGACAAAGCUGAUUCACCCCAUGUUAGUGGAAAUGAGGCGGAGACAGUGUCACUGACUCCCAUUGAGUCCUUUUCCCUCAUAUCCAUUGCCCAUCCUCAGUAUGAUAGCAACUUGUCUCCCAGCUUCUUUAGCCCUGUAGUGCAUGAGAUUCUGCAGUACUAUGCAGAACAGGGUGAUGUGCAGAUGGCUGUAUCCAUGCUCAUAGUCUUGGGAGAUCGGAUUCGCAAGGAGAUUGAUGAGCUGACACAGGAGCAUUUAUACACCUCAUAUGUUGACCUUCUGCAACGGUUUGAACUCUGGAAUGUUUCAAAUGAGGUAAUCAAGCUCAGCACCUGCAGUGCCAUAAACUGCCUGAAUCAGGCCUCAACUACACUCCACAUCAACUGUAGCAACUGUAAGAGGCCUAUGAGUAAUAAAGGAUGGAUCUGUGACAGGUGUCACCAGUGUGCCAGCAUUUGUGCUGUGUGUCAUCAUGUGGUUAAGGGCCUGUUUGUGUGGUGCCAGGGCUGCAGUCAUGGGGGUCAUUUGGAACAUAUUAUGAAAUGGCUAAGAACGAAGUCUCAGUGCCCAGCUGGCUGUGGACAUCUCUGUGAAUACACGUGAGAAGUUCAGUCUCCAUAAACAAGGUGGAGUCAUUUAAAUAUUGAUUUUUGUUUCUGGAGUAAAGCAGGACGGAUCAUUUUGCAUUUUAAGGACUUAAUAAGACUGUGUAUCAGGGCUUCUAAAGCUGUUGGAACUGGUUUGACGCAAGGGGACUUUCACAUCGACAUGCAGAAACCAUCUUUUCCAGCAGUGUGACAUGUUAUACCACACCCAGCAUAAUAGGUGCUUCCACUGCCAAUCAUAUUCUAUUGCCAUGUUUUUGUGGAGCCAGAAAUCAUGUGAACUCAAGAUCAUACACUCAGCUUCCUUCAUAUCACACAGACCAGUGUUAAUUGUUGGAAAGAAAAACGGUCCAAUGUGAAAAUGUGCAAAAAUCACAGAGUGCAGAAUGGUACUUACAGCUCUCAGAGCUAUAUGUAUGAUUUUUAUAUAUAUGUAAAUAAAAAGAAAAAAGUUAACUUUACCUUUUAGUUUGUUAUUGACCAUUCUAUUGUACUUGGUUUUCUGUAAGUAAUUUAACUCUAAUUUUGAUGCUAAUUUAAAAUACUCUUUGUUUUAAUGUUUCACUUUACCACUUUAAACACAAAAUAAAUUAACCUCAGGGAAUAUUGAGGAGUUUUUAAUGCCAUUCUUAAACAUACUUUAUAACUACGACUUUAAUGUACACUCGGUUGGUGGAGGAUCAUAAUGUCUUCAUAUUUUCUUUUGAUCUUCUUUUAUAAUUAAACUCUCAUUCAUACCUCAUACUUGUCAUUGUUUAUGUAGGCCAGUCAUUUCCCUCUUUUUUUCUUGUUUCUGUCUCCCAGAUGACACAUUUCUGUACAGUACACUUUUUAUGUUUUUUUUUAAGUUCAAUUUAUUUUGUAUAUAGUACUCUUCUAUUUACAGGCCCAGAUUGUAUAUGUUAUACAGGCCCUUAUGUUAACAAAUACAGUAUUUGUAUACAGGAAAAAAAACACAAGCUAGCGUGUAAUAAAAAAUGCAUUAUGUUCACAGAAAUCUCAAUAAACCUGAAUACAUUGAA